AAUAUAUUUGGCGCGUAAAAAAAAAAGUGUGCAAGUUAAGGCAAUUAUAAUACUUAAUGAAUUUAUUACACAAUUAAAGCAGAGCGGCAACGGCAACGGCAACAAAAAAUAAAAUAAAAAUUAAUAUGCCACUGGCGUGAAAGUCACAAUAUUCGAGGCAUGAAAAAAAGUUGAAUUAUUAAUGAAAUCAAAUUGCAAACAAAGGCCAGCACCGCCAUAACAAUUGCAGAUUAAAACAAAAAUAACAACAACAACAAAAACAACAAAUAAAACAAAUAAUUAAAUACAAAUCGAGCAGAGACCGCGGCGUUACGAGCGUACGGCUUAAUCAGCGAAAAGUCAGCGGAGCAUCCAUCAUCGGAGUUUGGGGAAAUUAUUGCAACCGAGGCGCAGGCGCCGCUUUUCACACGAGUUGGCAGCAGCAGCACACGCCAUACAUAAAUUGGCAUUUACCGUUAAGCGUGCUGCCUACCUGCCACCAUCUCUGCGGUUUGGAACGCACACACACACACACACACGUAACACCUCAACACCUCUCCAACACCGCCGAAUCACCAAAGAAAAGCCUUCAAAGUGGAUUUAACAAAUUAUAAUAAAAUGCUGCAAUCCAGCAAUCAUCAUUAUUUAAGGCCGGAUUAUAUGACAGCUGCAACAGCCCCAACAGCGCUGGACAACAAAAGCAGUCCAUUGGCGCUAUUGGCGCAAACAUGCAGCGCCAUUGGAGCGGACACCACAAAUCCCAAGCUGCUGGCGGCCAAUAUUGAAAAGGCCACAAAGCAACAGCAGCCCAAGGGAGGAGGGGGUGGCGGCAAUGGCAGUGGCAGUGGCAGUGGCAGUGGCAGCAGCAGCUUCGGUCUGGGGGAUAACAACGCACGCGAUAAAUCCUCGCCGGUUAGCAGUCAUUCAUCCAGCGUCAGCACCGGUUCUGUGGAACAGCAACAGCUGCCGCCGGCUCACAGCAGUAAGACCCCGAGCACCUUCAAGCCCUACGAGCCCAACAAUAACCAUACCACCACCGCCAAUGCCACGACCAUUGCCACCGAUUGCGGCGCCACAAAUCUCACCAAUAGCAACAACAACAGCGGCAAUGGCCAGCACCAGCACCAGCAGCAGCAGCAGCGGGUAAAGACGCCCAAAACGACGGCAAACGGCCAGAGAUGCGAUUCGAACCAAAGUGCCAGCUCACACAGAGAAUCGCCCACAGCUGGCGGGGCACGAGACUCCCUAAGACGCACCCCCACCUCAUCAUCAGGGGGCGGUGGUGGGGGUGCAGCCCCUGGCCAACAGAAUGGCAGUCCCGGACUACCCUCCGGACGCAGCAAUUCCAAAGAGUCGGCAGCAACCAUGCACAGCCCCAGUGCAGCAGCCCAUGCCCAUGCAGCAGCCGCCCAGGCGGCCCAGGCGCAGGCCAGCUCCAAUCGCCUCCAGGAGGCGGCCAUGGCCGCCGCCAAGGAAGCCAACUAUGUGAAGGCUCUGCACGCAGCCAACCAGCAAGGACAGGCCUCGGCAGCAGCAGCUGCAGCUGCAUCCUAUUAUCCUCCAGGCUAUGGCAGUCCUUAUCCCAUGGACCUGAUGACAGCCAGCUCCCUGAUGGCGCCCCAUCAUGCCAUGUUCAAGGCGUCGGCAAUGAAUCCAUAUCUGAACUAUGCCCGCCUCAAGGGUCUGUCGGAUCAGUCAAUGAUGGCGGCCACACCGAACGUAUGCCGGGAUCCCUACUGCACCGGCUGCCCGGCCAGUCCGCAUUAUAUCAACAAGGCGGCCGGCCAGCCCUGUCCGGCCGGCUGUCCGCAGUGUGAGGUGUCGGGCGGUGGAUCGGGUAGCAGUAAAUCGGGCGGACAACAGGGAUCGAGUGGUUCCUCGAGUGCGGCUGCAGCGGCGGCCGCAGCGGCAGCCCAGUCAUAUCACGCCCAGUUGGCAGCCCUGGCCGCCGCCUCGCAGAUGCCGUACGUGUGCUCGUGGAUUGGCAGCGAUGCCGCCUACUGUGGCAAGCGGUUCGGCACCUCUGACGACCUGUUCCAGCAUCUGCGCACGCACACGGCCUCGGUGCCCGAUGCGGUGCUGAGUGCGGCGGCCGCCGGUGGCAUACCACCCAAUCAUCCGUUGUUCCAGCGCACAUAUCCGACACCGCCGCUGAGUCCGUUGUCGGCGGCACGCUAUCAUCCGUACGGAAAGCCCUCGAUGCUGCCGCCAUCGUUGGCCCCGCCCGGCAUGCCGGGUCUGCCCCCACACCCAGCAUUGGCCCAGUACUUUGCCCCGUAUUCGUUAUACGGACCGAGAAUGGGCUCGUCGCAUCCGUAGUUGUCAGAGCGCGAGGAUGGAUCGGGAUCGGGAUUGGGAUCGCGAUCGGGUUCGGGAUCGGGAUCGGGUGGAUCCGGGGAUGGGCCGAAGUCGGCAUUCAGUCAAGUAAAUAAUCAUUUCUCUUGAGUCGCAUAUGAAUAUACAUAUAUAUAACUCUAUGUCUAUAUGUUUUGUGUGUACGUAUGGAUUGACUCAUUCGUGAAACGAAAAGCUAGUGAUCUAAUGUACUAUAGUUACAUACAAAUGUGUUUACAAUUUUAGGAGUCUAAGGAGUCUAUCGAUAUACCGAUAAUUGAUAUCUGAAACAAACAAACCGAUAAAAUUAUGAUCGACAAAAUGCAGCAAUAUCGCUCGUCCUUCUGUGUGUCGCGUCCUUUUGCGGAUGUAAUUAUAUGCUUAUGUGUAAUUUUAAUAUUAUUUAUUACAUUAAAAAACAAACAAAAAACGAAAAAAAACCAAGCG